AUGGGGGCCCCCGGGGGCCCCCAUGCAUGGGCCUCUGUUGCUGCUGCAAUAGAAGAAUUUUUAAGCUCUCGUCCGCGGCCUGUGAGAGUGGGAGAUCAGUAUAAGGUUCAGGUGUAUAUACAGGAGGGAAAAGCAGCAGCAGCAGCAGCAGCAGCAGCAGCAGGAGCAGCAGGAGCAGCAGCAGAUGGUGGUGGUGGUGGUGUGAGGGGGGUGUCGUGGGGGGGGAUGAAGGGGGCCCCCAGGGGCCCCAUGGGCCCCAUGGGGGGCCCCCAGGGGCCCCAUGAGGGUUUAAGAAUAGAAGAAAUAGAAAUAAAAAUAAUGAGGAUAGAGGGAGAGAAGAACGAUGAUAUAGAGUUUGGUUUAGUAGCAGAAGAAACAGAAAAAAUUAUAAGUGAAGAACCAAUAGAUAGAGAGGCCUUCGACUCUGCGAGUGAGAUAACCUACGAUGAUGUUGGGGGUUUAAAGAAAGAAGUGCAGCUGCUGAGAGAAUAUGUUGAGUUGCCGCUGCGGUUCCCUGAUGUUUUUAAAAAAGUAAGUAGGGUUUAG